CACCCGUUCACUGAAUACAACCCUGUCUGUUCUACCUCCGAAAAAAGAAAAAGCCGAGCGUGCGUCGUUUUGUAUCGUGUCAAAUGUCAAAUAAUUCGAAACAAUAGUUAACGGCAGUUGCGUUUUUUUCUUUCAACAUAAAAAUUUGAGAACGGUAGAUUUCUUUGCGAAAUUCUCAACUAUCCGUAAAAUUAUCAUUGAGUAGAGAUUAUAAUAAUUUUGAUUGUUAAUAUUUGAAUUCAUUAUUGAUAAAAAGCGUAACACAGGGUGAAGACGGGCGAAACUGUGUACUACGACAUUUUGAAAGAGGCGGCGCGGCAAAAGAAAAGAUUUAUAAAUUUAAAGAAAAAAUAUCGGAUCGGAAAAAAAUCAGUGAAUGUGUCUUCGUUCUUCAGUUUGUCAUUGCUUUUGUACCGUGGGUUUGUGAAGUAAUAAAUUUCCAAAUCUUAUAAUAGAAAUUCGAAGUGAGCCAGGUAGACAAAAAGCUGGCAAAUAUAGGAUAGGGAAUACGCUAAGAACUCAAAUACACACUGUUGGAAAACAUGGAAGUACGUAACUGGAAAAACGUUCUCUUACAUUGGUUAACCGAAUGCGGAUUCGUUGCUGGUAACUACUUUAGCUUGGAACAAACAGAUAUUGACGAGUUCUAUAGAAACUUUCGCUCCAACCAUAAACUAGUACAAAAAUCAGAACCAGAAGGCAAUAUCAUUUCUUUCUUGAAAGAACAAUACCCAGAUUAUUCUCCCCUACUUGACGAUGAAAAUACCCUUAGUUCAACAGAGUAUUUAUAUGUUUACUCUCUUCUUUUGCAUUUUUCUUGCGUAAAAUAUCCUGAAACAAAUUUUCAUGAUAUCUGUAAGAGAUUAUCUGUUAAUAACCAGCGCCACAUUGCGGCUUUCUUCAAUGAGUUGAUAGAUUGCCAGUCUAUAAACCGUGAUAAAUUGUGUCAAGCUAUUGCUGGCACAUUACUGAAAAGUACAAAUUCAUCAGGUUCAGGAAAUGAUAGCCACUCGAGUGGAAAUAAUUCGACUGGCAAUAAUCUUAAUUUUCCCUCAUCAUCGUUUCCUCGCCCGGACUCGCCAUUUCGAACGGCACGCUAUGCUCCAGGCAAUAGCAGUCCACGUAUUGUGCCACCAACACCGAAAUCGGCGAUGUUGGAGGAGCGAACACGAGAGCUCUAUAAUUUGCGCGCACAAUUGGAGACCGAAAGAUACGAGAAGGGGCUGCUGGAAGUACAAAUAAAACAAAAUGAGGAGAAAAUUAAAAAACUAAAUCAAGACCAUAAAAAAUUGCAACAAACAAUACAAGCAUUAAGAAACGAUAUACUUACACAGAACGCAACAGAAAGCAGUUCACCAAACAAAGAUGGAGAGCAGAUGAAACGUCGCCUUUGCAAAGAAGUUGCGCAAAAGGAGGAAGAAAUAGCUAAGCUCAAUGAGGUUCUUGGAAAUAUGAAGGAGGAAAAAUCUCUUGUUCAAGAAAAGCUCCGUUUUGCAGAGAAACAAAUUGUGGUUUGCAUGGAUCGUAUUACAGAGCUGGACUUUAAAGUGGAUGAACUUACCACUGAGUUAGAGCAAAAGGAGCUCACCAUCAAAUGCUUAAACGAAAAUAAACUUGAAUUAGAACUGUUUAUUAAUGAAACUCGUUCAACAGGGAAUAAUAAUUCGCGUCCUGACUAUAUGGAUGCAUCAUUCUCGCCGAUCACCGAUGCUAGCGGGAGUUCGAGUAGUCCUGAAAAUCUCGCCCGCUCUGUUGUCGAUGUGCAGUUGCGCGAAAAGGAACACGAAAACGCUGAGCUACGUGAAGAAUUGCAUUCAUUGAAGAACAGCAAUAAACGGAUUUCCGAUUUAAUACGAAAAUUUACCAUGAAGCAUGCACAAGAAUUCAGUAUUGCUACUGGUAUCGGUAGCAUUACAGCAAAAGAAGAGGAAAAUAUAGAAAUUACACCAGCCGAAUGUUUGGAUCAUUUGGUCGACUAUGUCGACCGCUUAGGAAUGUUUUACAAAGACGAAAAAGAUAAGGUGAGAACUUUACAAGCUGACCUGCAGGCUAAACAAAGACGUAACGAUGAUCUUAGCCGAAGACUAAUGCAAUUUGAGAAAGAAAUUAGUGUACUUCAAGACCAAUUGAAGAAUUUGGAUCAUGUGAACGUCGAAUUGGAGAAAGGCAAGAAGUGUAUGCAGGAGAAAAUUGGGCUCUGUGAACAAGACCUGUUAAAAAUCAAUGAACAAAAAUUCGAACUGGUCACGAAGCUUGAGAGUCUGGCCAAUGACUAUGAUACACACCAGAAUAUAUGCAAUAUUCAACGCCAGGACUAUGUGGCCCAGAUAAAGAAAUUGGAAAGUGAAAUAGCAGUAUAUGAGAAAAAGAGUUCUGUAACUGCAAAAGAAAACAAAGAGUUAAAUGAUGAAGCGACUACGCUGCAGAAAAAGAUCGAAACAUUACAAAAAAGUAUAGUAAACAAUGUGGAUGAAAUACGCACAUUGAAUGAGCGAAUAAAAGGCUACCAAGGUGAGUUGGAAGCACAUGAUAAAACCGAAAAAAUGCUUAAGGAAAAGUAUGAAAAGAUACUCGUACAACAUGAAGCCACCAAGCGGGAAAGGCGUGAAACUUCCGAUCAUUUGGAAGCUAUGCGAAAUAAAAUAGCAGUUAAAGAGUUUGAAAUGAGUAAACUAGGUGACGAAAUAAUGGAAGUGCGCAAGAAAAAUGUUGAACUAGAAUCACGCAUCGAUACGCUUACUGCAGAGUUCAAAACAGAGAAGAACAACACUGAACUGGCAAUAAGCUCGCGUGAUGACCGUAUAAAAAAACUUAGUGAAGAGCGUGAUAAGUUGGAAGAGUGUUCGAUCAGACUGAAGAGUGAACAAAACCUAAUGCAAAGGGAAUUAACAGAGUCAAAGGAAGAACUGACUGUUGUUUUAAAAACCUUCAACGCUUUGAAUUUGAUAUUAAGCACCGAUCAAGCGGAUGACUCUGUGAGCUUAGCCCAAAGGCUUGAAGAUGUGGUAUCUAAUGUGAGACGCUUGCAGGAGGAUAAACUCGAACUUGUCAACAAAUUAGAGCUGAUGAGCUUCAAUCACACCGAAACGGUCUCGAAAAUGGAGGUUAUGGAAGGUGAAAUGAAGAAACUCUUACUCGCCAAGGAAGAACUGGAAGCCAAUUACAAAUCGCUAUUGCAACAGAGUGAUCUGAAGCUGAAAAAUGCAGAAGGCCAACUUAAAAUAUAUGAAGAAAAUAUAGACAGCUUAAAGGUGGCAUUGAAGCAGGUCACUGAAGACAUGGAAAAUGCGUUGCAGGCAAACACUGAAGACCAUACAGUGCGUCUUACGGAGCUUGGUGCUGAGCACGAUCGUGCUAUAAGUUCACUGAAGGAACAACUAAACUCCGCGGAGGAAGAGUUAUCUGUUAAAGAACGCGAUCUGCAAGCGCUCCUUGAGGAGAGUACGGAUGUCAAGAAGAAGCUUGAUGAGAGCGUGCAGCGUUUGGAAGCAGUACAAGGCGAACAAGCACAAAUGCGCCAGGCCAGCGCUGAACAACUAAAAAAACUGCAGGAACAGCUUGAAAAUGUAGUUAGCAAAAAUAAGAAACUGCUGCAAGAAAUCGACACUUUCAAAGCUGAGCACACGAAGGUCCAUGAGAAAAUCGAACAAGCUGACAGCGCUUUGAAUGAACUAAGUGGCCAGCUGUCGCAGGAAGUCAGCUCCAAGACCGAAUUGAACGUGAAGCUGCAAGCGAGUGAAUCACGAUUAUUUGAAACCGCGCAAAAACUCGAAAGCAUAAUGAAGGAGAAAUCACAGAUUAUAAACGGUUUGAAGGCAGCAUAUGAAAGCCAAACAGCGAUACUCAAACGUUCCGAAACUCAAGUGAGUGCAUUGGAAAAACUGAAGUUAAAGCAAUUGCAGCAAAUUGCAACACUGCAGCAGAGUUUGCAGAAUGUUGUUGAGGAGAAAGAGUGUUUGGCGAAGGAUAUCGCCUCGUUCACAUCACAGAUACAGUGCGAACAAGAGGAGAAGUCAGCGCUAUUAGCUUCAUUUGAACAAACUGCUGACCAGUUGAAAUUGGCCAUAUGCGAGAAGGAUCAGCAGGCGAAGAUUUUGGAGAAGACUAGCGCUGACUUGAACGCUCAAAUCAGAGAUGCUAACGAGUUAUGCGCUAAGUUACAAACUGAUUUGUCCGCAAAAGAAGCCCAAAUACAGAGGUUACAAGAUGAGCAGGAACACGAGCGACACAACUGGCAGACAAAGUUAUCAGAAAUGACGCGCAUGCUGGCCGAGCAGUCAAUCGAACAGGAGUAUGUCGAUAACACUUUACAGGCGAUUACCACCAUUGUGGAGAACCACAUCAACGUGCCAACUGAUGGCGAAAAGCAAGAAGUGGUCGAUGAGCUCAUCAAGCUGCCAGAGAAUGAUAAGGACACACAGUUGGGUAAACUUAAGUACGCGCUAAAUCGUCUGCUGCAUAGCAUAUCAUUGCUGCACAUUCAACUCGACCAAACCGAACAGAAGCGGCAGGGUGCGGUCGAGGUACUGGAAAAGGCGAACGACAAGUUGAACACACAGCUACUCAGUCGCAAUGCCGAGAUCACGGAACUGCAGCAACAGCUAGUGGGCGAACGCAAGUGCAGCGCCGUGAUGGAGCAUCUCAAAACUGAGGUUCAUGAUUUGAAGAAUGCCAAGGAGAACUUGAGAGCAGAAGUUGUACGGCUGGAGCAUGAAAUCGCCGUCGCUAAAGAGCAGCACCAAAAUGCGGGCGUGGAAUUGGAACGCUUGCAGCAGGAAAAGCAAGAGUUAAAGAGCGAAUUACAGCGCGCCAAUGAAAAUGUUACACGUCUGAUUCAAGGCAGUGACUCACUGCGGCAGGAGAAGGCUUCGCUCGUUGAGCAGUUGCAGGAUUUGCGAGAACAGCUCACACAAACCUGUGUACAGCAUAGUUCAACAGAAACGAUGGUAAAGAACAUUUUACAAAACUCCAAUACGUUGGAACGCAAAUUAGAUUCCACCGAGAAAGAGCUGAAACUAUUGCGCGCGCAAUUGCAAACGCUCGAAAGUAAGAAGGAGCAACUGGCUGCUGAGAAUGCUAAGCUGAGAGAAACGCAGGAGGCUAACAAGAAGCGCAUUGAAAAAAUGGCUGUCAAGUUAGGCGAUACACAGGCACGCUGCUCCAAGAGCGAACACGAUAACGAAAAACUCACUGAGUCGCUGAAUGCGUCAAAGGCGGUUGCCGAAAAGUUGCAGCGUGAAAAGAGUACGCUCGAGAAUGACAAACAACUGCUGCAGGAGCGUAUGGCCAAUACCGAACGCAAUCAGCAGCAGCUCUUCAACAAGGUACAUCAACUGGAGCAAGUAAAGGCGUCUCUCGAAGCAGAGAAAAAACAGUUAGAAGCCUCUGAGGCAGAUGCUAAAGCAAAACUGACAAAGCUCGAGAAAAUACGUCAAACGAACGAAGAGAAAAUACGAAAGCUGAACUAUUCGUUGGAGACUACGGAAGCCAGCAAUGUGCGUUUAAAUCACGAAAUCGGUGCCAUCAACUCACAGCUGAACGAAUUGAAGCAUUCGAUUAGUGCCGAUCACACGGCAGAACAAUUGGAGGCAGCCAUUCAAGAACGCGACAACGCGCUGGCUCGUGCCAACGAAUUAGAAGCGCUUGCCAAUAAGCUACAAGCCGAUGCUGAUCAUUUGCAGGAACAGAAUUCAAAUAUAAGCGAUCAGUUAUCAAAGAUUUCAUGCCAUCUGCAGAUAUCACAGGAUAAAUGUGAUACGCUCGCGCAGCAAUUGCGUGACCUCGAGAUGGAUAUGUGUGCGUUGAAGGAAGAAAAAGCUCAGAUUGAAAAUGAGCAUCUAAAUACCUGCGCCAAAUUAAAAGAAUACGAAAUACAUAACGAGAAUUUGCGUACGGAGCGCGAAGAGAAGAUCGUCAUACUCGAGGCGCAGUUGGAACAGCUGCGAAAGGAAUUAUGUAUGAAGACUGAAGAAAUAUCAAUGCUGCAAUCGGAGCGUGACAAACUGCGCAAUGGUAAUGAGAUAGAAGGUGAAGAGCUCGAACAACUGCGCAAACGUUUGUCCGUAGCUGAGGCGGUGGCCGAAUCCGAGCAGAAAGCCAACACACAACUGCGGCUAGACAACCAAAUUUUGCAAGCUAAAUAUCGCGAAUCCAAACAGCGUCUGCAGGAGGAAACCAAAGCGAGCGAGGAGCGAAUCAAAGAGAAUCGCUUGGAGAUGGAAGGCAAACUGGAUAAAAUGAAGAAUAAAAUGAAAACGCUCUAUACCGAAGAAGUAACGAAAAUGAAAGGCAAACAAGAUCGCGAACUUAGCACGAUGCGAGCAGAAAUGGAUAAAUUGAACGCACAGAAUGUCAAGUAUGAAGAGCACAUACGCAAACUUUCCGAUCAAAUUAUGCGUACCAACGAUCGUAUUUUGGAAUAUCAAAAACAAAACGCCAUACUCUCAACGAAACUAAAGCAUUCUCAAGAUACCGAGAAUGCGCACUUCAAGCGUCCCAGUUUGGCUACGAAUUCAUUGCCAAGAUCUUUGUCAUCGGCGCAAUCAAAUGCAGCUAGAAGUUCGAAUUUGGCAAUGGAGGAUGAAGAGGGUGAACUUUUUAAUAAUACGUACCUGACCGAUUUACAAACUGGACGAAUGUCCAUGUGUCAAGAUGUUUGCGCUGAGGAAUUGCAAUAUCGAAAUUCUUUAUUGCCACCGCAUCUGAAAAGCACCUAUGCAGCUCAAUAUGACCACGGUUUACCCGAAGAUGAAUUGAAAGAUGGUCCCAACAGCUUGGAUGACAGUAUGAGUGCAUUGCUUAGCACAACGGUCGGUGGUGGCGCGCGGAAAAAACUCACUGGCAUCACGAAUUACAAGCGUCCUGGUCCGCCAACGCCCGGCAAACAUGGUGGCCGCCUUUCGUUGGGCAGUUCAGAGCCGCCACGUGAAAUACUCAAAGAAGUUUAUGAUCAUGGCAGCACAGCGAAGACACCGGUGCGUUUUGGCUUCUUUACUUCUAAAUUUAGUAUGGGCAAUAGCAAUUCGAGAGAUGAGACUUUAAAAAUACCUAUGGAUCUCUUAAAAGCGGUGCAGCAGAAAAACUUUGAAGCGAUGUGCCUGAAAAGUCCUGAAAACAUUUGCACCUCCACGCCGCGUAAAAGCACAUCUCAUUUCGACAAACGUUGCUUGUUCGAUCAGUUAAUGGCGCUAUCCGGCCCAUCAAUGCUCUCAUUGACCGUCGAGAAGUGUCCAACGGCGAAUAUUGAAAAUACGAAGACACCACCAGCAAUACUCUCUUUGGCGGACGUCUCGGCGAUACGAGACUUCGGCGCAUCACAAUCACACUUGAAAAUGCUGGAACAACAGCGGGUGGCACGCAAAAGGCGUAGCUCGUUGCUACGACUACAAAUCGGUCGUCGAUUGAAGCAUUUGCCAGCCGGCAGUCCACUUUCAUCGGAAACGCCAUCCACCAGAACGCCACACACACCUUCGAAGAAUAGGAAAAUGCAGCAGCAGCAGCAGAUGCCUUUGCAGGAAGGCGCCGCCACAAGCACCACCGGCACUACCACAUCGGCGACUUCGGCCACCGCCACCACCACCACUACUGCCAGCUCAGGCGAUGCGCUGAGGCGCAGCAGUGGUGUUGGUGGUCGUCAUCGUCGUCGACACAAGCGAGACCGUGGGCCCCGGCUGUCGCUGUAUGCCUGUGGCAGCAGCAUUCGUACGCCAAAUCGCACCAAAUUGCGGGAGCAAAUACGCAAAAAGGCGCACAAGCAGCGACGAGACAAUUUCAAUCGAGGGCGCGGUAUACAGAUGGACAAUCAGCUGCAAGGUGGCCAAGGUUUCGAUAGUGCGCGCGAAAGUGAGGACAACAACAACAGCCAUGCAUACCGGCUAAAUGCGACGAUAGUUUUGUCGAAGAAGUGCGAACAUCCCGAAGAGUAUGAUAUACCCGAGUAUACAUCGAAUUACUUUAGUGAAAUAAUUACCGGCACAUCGGAAAUUAUCGAAGAGACUAGUGCUGAAACGAAAACAAUAUCCGGAAAUUGUCAUGAAACCAAUAUAUCAGCAGACCAUGCCUACGACUCGAAUGUAACACAAUUGCCGUUGGGCGAGAUAAGGACACAAAACGAUUGCGAGAAUUCCGAAGAAAGCGAUGCUGAAACUACAACAAACAGCAACAAUGAAAGCGAUGCUAAUGACGAAAGUAAUUCCUCCAGGCUAAAUACGUCACUGCCGGUGCAGCGCAGCCUGGAGCAUGAGGCGGUAGACGAGCCGUCAACUGUUGAUGAAAUCGAACAAUUCGAUGCUCGCUGCAAACACUUCGAGGAACUGGCGGCGCAUACUGCAUCAGCAGCGCCGUUUACUGUGACAAACAUUGAAUUCGAUAUUGUGCCCACACCGACUCGACACUCGCAACGAACGGCGGAGGAAAAGAGGCAGUCAGUUACGUAUACAUUGUUGCCACAGCGCGGUACAAAGUUUACACUGGCUGCUGACUUGGAAAUCAAAGCAACUCCGCCGCCGCCCAUCCUGGUACUAAAGAAGCUGGAGGUUGAUGAUAAAGAAAUGCAGAUUACGCUAGCGGAUGUAGUGCGUCUUUGGUCCAGCAUCUGGAUGCGUAUGGAUCAGCAAUUACAGUUGACAGUCAUCUUAGCGGUAUUUGCGCCCAUAAUUGCUGUCAUCUACUUAGUCUUGUCGCAAUAUGCGUAAAAAAGCAAACUUUUUGUGUGUUCCUCAAAAAAUUGGAAAUUUAGAUUUAGAUGAUUCUUUCCAUGACAUCCAUUCAACGCCAAGUUCAAUGUGUGAUAUGUAGUCGCUGCUGUUUGUGUAACCGCUUAAUGUUAUGCCACUUCGAUCGCUACGAAAAUUUAUUAACGGCUUAAUGCCACUGCGAGAAAACUUACUGUAAGAGUAUUGUAAAUUUAU